AUGUUACAGUUACGCCAACAGCAGGAGCUGCAGCAGCAGUUUCUGGUGCAGCAGUUCCAGGCGCAGCAGCAGCAGCUGACGGAGCAGCAUGAGAAGCAGCUGCAGCAACACAUCAAGGUGCAGCUUCAGCAGCAUCUGCUGGUCGCCCAGCACCAGGAGCGCUCCGACCACCAGGACCCCGACUCGCCCAUGCAUGACAAGGAGUACCAGGAGUCUCAGAAGAAGCGCGAGGAGCACCAGCUGGCGCUGGAGAAGGAGCGCCGCGAGCAGGACCGGCUGGAGCAGCUCAAGAAGAAGGACGUGCGCGAGCAGAGCGCCGUCGCUUCCACAGAGGUCAAGCAGCGUCUGCAGGAGUUCGUGCUGCAGAAGAAGCAGCGUGAGGCGGCGGCGGCCAGCUCGCCGUAUCGUAACUGCAGCAACCGGAGCGGGCCCGCCCACCAGCGCUCGGCCGAGAAAGUUAACGCGUCGCCCCACCCCUACAGGACGUCCGUCCUCUCCAAGUAUGACGACGAUUACUGCCCGCUCAGGAAGACCGCGUCCGAGCCGAACAUCAGCCUGAAGGCACGCAUCAAGCAGCGUGUGCUGGACCGGUGCGCCGGCUCGCCUCUCGGCCGCCGCCUCCACGAGCACGCCGGCGGCCCCAUCAAGCACAAGAGCAAGCUGGCCCUGGAGUCCAGCACCAGCACGCCCGACUCGGACCCGAGCUCGCCCCCCAGCGCGUCCUUCCUGAUGGCCAGCGGCCGGCUGGGCGGCACCGCCAUCCAGGAGGAGGGCGGCGGCUUGCCGUUCCACCUGGCCGGCCUGGGCGGCCGCGGCGCGCCGGAGAUGUCGCUCUACAGCAGCCCGUCCAUGCCCAACAUCUCGCUGGGCAGGCCGCCCGUCCACACGGCCGUCAGCUCCGGCAGCGAGACGGAGCCGUCCCGGCCCGGCCCGUACCCGCCGCUGAUUCCGAUCGGGGCGCCCAUCAUGGCGCCCUUCUUCCCCAUGCUACCCGUGAUAGACAGCGAGUGCGCGCCGCCCACGUCCCCCGCCUACAUCCGCAAGCAGAUGGAGACGCUGGAGCAGGUAUCGCGCACCUCCAACCCGCUCAUCAGCGGCUUUUACCCGUCGCACGGUGUCACGUGCGCCCAGGCGGCGCAGGCGCGACUGGGCCGCACCAUCCAGGGCCGGCCGCUGAGCCGCACCCAGUCGGCGCCGCUGCCGCUCGGCCACCCGCUGCUCCAGCAGGCCAGCCUCACCCAGCAGCAGUACGACCAGCUGGUCAAGGAGCGCCGGCUAUACGAGCAGCAGCACCAGCACAACCUGCUGAAGCAGCACAUCCGCCAGACUGUGCUGACCCGGGCCGGCAGCAAGAACCACGUGGAGAACGUGGAGGAGGAGACGGAGGCGGCCGUGGCGCGCGAGAUGCAGGAGUCCAAGGACGCGGAGGUGAUCGAUCUGACCGAGGUGCGGGAGGAGCUGCAGCCCCAGCUGAACUUCAGCUCCCGGUCAGCCUACAAGGACGGUCCGCCGCCGUGCGCGCGUUCUCACCAUUCCAUUCGGCCGCUGGCGCGCGCCUUCUCCUCGCCCCUGGUGACGCUGAACCCGAGCGCCGCCAGCGCCUCCCGCGACCCGCACAUCACCUACGUCAGCAAACAGGGCUGCGGCACCGGCCUGGUCUACGACCCGCUCAUGCUGAAGCACCAGUGCGUGUGCGGCGACAGCUCCAACCACCCGGAGCACAGCGCGCGCCUGCAGUUCAUCUGGAGUCGGCUGCAGGAGACGGGCCUCACGCAGCGCUGCGACCGCAUCCGCUCGCGCAAGGCCACGCUGGAGGAGAUCCAGACCUGCCACAGCGAGGCGCACACCAUCUUCUUCGGCACGAACCCGCUGAACCGGCAGAAGCUGGACCUGGGCAAGCUGGGCGAGCUGCCGAUCCGCUCGUUCGUCAAGAUGCCGUGCGGCGGCAUCGGCGUCGACCUGGACACCACCUGGAACGAGCUGCACACGAGCAGCGCGGCGUGCAUGGCCGCCGGCUGCGUCAGCGAGCUGGCGUUCAAGGUGGCGACCGGCGCCGUGAAGAACGGCCUGGCCCUGGUGCGACCGCCGGGCCACCACGCCGAGCGCCAGCAGGCCAUGGGCUUCUGCUUCUUCAACUCGGUGGCCAUCGCCGCCCGGCUGCUGCGUCUGCGGCUCAGCGUCGAGAAGAUCAUGAUCGUCGACUGGGACGUGCACCACGGCAACGGCACGCAGCAGCUCUUCUACGACAGCUCGCACGUGCUCUACCUCUCGCUGCACCGCCACGACGACGGCAACUUUUUCCCGGGCACCGGCGCUCCUGUAGAGUGUGGCGUCGAGGACGGCAUGGGCUUCAACGUGAACGUGGCCUGGUCGGGCGGCUGCAACCCGCCCAUGGGCGACGCCGAGUACCUGGCCGCUUUCCGCACCGUUGUGAUGCCCAUCGCCAGGGACUUCCAGCCGGACCUGCUGCUCGUGUCGAGCGGGUUUGACGCGGCGCGCGGGCACCCCUCGCCGCUCGGCGGCUACCAGGUGUCGGCCGCCUGCUUCGCCUGGAUGACACGCCAGCUGAUGACGCUGGCCAACGGCAAGGUGGCGCUGGCGCUGGAGGGCGGGUACGAGAUCAGCGCCAUCUGUGACGCCACGGAGCAGACGAUGCGCGCCCUCCUCUCUGAUGAGGUGCAGCCCAUCAGCGACGAGGAGCUCAGCAGAAAGCCGUGCCAGGCGGCCAUCGCCACACUCCAGAAGACCAUCGCCAUACAGGUGCCGCACUGGCCGUGCGUGAAGCGGACGGCUCACCUGGUGGCGCUCUCGCACGCCGAGGCGCUCAACGACCGCGACGCCGAGACGCUGUCGGCCAUGGCCGGUCUGUCCGUCCACCACCAGCACCAGCACCAGCAGCAGCACCCGCAGCAUCAGCAGCAGGCGGACGAGGCGGCCGUCGCCGGACAGCCGCCGCCCUGCAGGUCAUCCCCGGCCCGUCCCGUCUCGCCCACACAGGAGGAGCCCAUGGACCAGGACGAGGCGGAGGCCAAGUAAGCCCGGUCCGGACACCUGGCGGCAAGCGGUACAACUGGAACAUUGUUUUGUGGUCGGUGCGCGGCGCUCCACGGUACCUGUGCCCUGUCUGUUGGAGCGCGUGUGUCGACGCGCCGGAGUGUGUGUAAGUGCGCGAGCGCGCGCGCGCGCCGCGCGAUGCUGGUGAGGGCGGCGUCGGGGUCGUCCAAAUUGGCCGUGAUAGCGGGCUAGCGCGCGCCGAGUGCGGGUGGGCACAGGUGGCUGUCGCGCUGUGCAAUGUUCAACAGAGGCCGCGGCCGCGGGCGCCGGCCGGCCGCACGCUGCCACGGCCGUGCGCGGCUGGCGCUCGCAAAAUUGCGGCGCGGUGUUUUGAGAUGAACUAUUUUACGGUAUGCAUGUGGCUUCAUUAUUUGUAUACAUUCCACGUAGAUGUACGUUCUAGUCAGCCGGCGGUGUCACGAGCCCCGGCUACAGACGGCGCCGCGCGCGCGCCCGCGAGCUGCGCCGACCGCCCGUCGCCACGUUAUCUGUAGUUUGUUGGAACUCUUCUGAUAUUUGUUGUGGAUGAUUAAUGUUUAGCUGUGCGUUUUCCGUUGGCCGCGCGCGCCGCCGGGCGGCACUGGCCGCCGAGUCGGUGCGUGUAUUGGCGGAGCGCUGGCGCACGGACCGCGAGGGCGGCUGCUCCCCUGGCUCAUCUCCAGCUGCCGGCCCCGGCCCCGACGCCUGGUCCGGCCCGGUCCGGUCUGGUCCGGUCUGGUCUGGUCUGGUCUGGUCUCCAUAUCUGUCCGUCCGCCCGUCAGCACUCACGGCUGUCAUGGUCUGCAUCUCGUGUGCAUCUCCUGUGCGCACUCUUCCUUGUCCCUUGUUUAUGGAUCAGUUAUGUUGCCUCGUAUUUCUCCUGCUUUCCUGGCCGUCGUCCCCUGGUUCUUAUUCACUUCCUUUGUUUAUGAUCUGUGUCCCCUUCAUCUCCUCACACCUCUUCCUGUCCUGUUCUGUCCUGUUCUGGCCCGUCCUGUUCUGUCCUGUUCUGUCCUGACCCGUCCUGUUCUGACCCGUCCUGCCGUGUCCUGCCUCACACCUGGCCGGGUGGCCGAGCGCGGCCGCCGCCUCCGGUCCGGUCCCGGCAGCCGCACAGCUCCGGGUGCCGCCCGCCGCCCGCCCGCCGCCCACACGACACCGGGCCCGCACCCGACGGCCGAAGCUUAUUUUUGUAUGCACGGCCCACUCGCAGUGUCUGAGGUGUUGUGAUCAAUACACAUGGACUGCUUAUA